AUGGCGUCACCAUCAACCACUGUCCAGACCUGUUGGUGGUUGCAAUGCGACUUCACAUACACCACCGAAGAAGAAAAAUCCCAACAUCUAGAGAUGCACUUCAAAGAAUCGAUCCACUCCGAUGGAUGGCGUUGCCUGAAGUGCAACGAGUCGUUUACCAUGAAACUCGCGUUGAGACGACAUAACGCGGCCGUUCAUUUAGGUAUAAAGCGCCACCCAUGUAACAAGUGUGAGCAGUCUUUCAGGGACGCGAUAGGGUACAAGAACCAUUAUAGAACGGCGCACGGUAUUGUUAUACCGGAAUACCGUUCAAAUGUGAGGAAGGUGGGGGAUUCGAAAGAAGAAAUGGGUGGUAAGAGACGGGCUGGCGAAGAAGAACCCGAGUCCUUUGUGUAG